AUGAAAGACAUUAAAAAGGACAACUACAACCCCACCAUUGCUCAACAACUCUUCCAGCAGCUCAUCAAUGGCAAGUACAAAACACAUCACCACAUCUACACAGACGCACCACGUACCCCUCUCGUUAAACAAUCGAAAAUGUCUGGACGCGGCAAGGGUGGUAAAGUGAAGGGAAAGGCAAAGUCCCGCUCGAAUCGUGCCGGUCUGCAGUUCCCGGUCGGCCGUAUUCAUCGUCUGCUGCGCAAGGGUAACUAUGCCGAGCGCGUCGGUGCCGGCGCACCGGUGUAUCUGGCGGCCGUGAUGGAGUAUCUGGCCGCGGAAGUGCUCGAGUUGGCCGGUAACGCCGCCCGUGACAACAAGAAGACGCGCAUCAUCCCGCGCCAUCUGCAGCUGGCCAUCCGCAACGACGAAGAGUUGAACAAGCUGCUUUCCGGUGUGACCAUCGCCCAAGGUGGUGUGCUGCCCAACAUUCAGGCCGUGCUGUUGCCGAAGAAGACGGAAAAGAAGGCAUAA